UCAAGGGAAGGUUGACAACCCUAUAUACAAGUGAGUAACGUGGGGGGGGGUAUGUGUGAGACAUGCGCACAUGCAGCCAGCAGAGCUGCCGUCAGACAGCGAGACAAAGCGAGGACGGAGUCCGCGAUCAGCGCAGCAGCGAGGGCAUGUCAGCCGGACGGAGUCGGUGUCAGCGGCGGGGCUGCCUGGCGGGCGAUGCCGCAGUAAAAUGAGCUGCAUGAGAGUCUCCCUUAGCGCUCUGAUUCAUACCCAUCAACACCGAGUCGUGAUUGUUGUCGGGGCUGGUUUUUCUCUCUGACUGACUGCACAACCAUGCCUGCCCCCUCCCACAGCCUGCAGUCCAGCGGACUGACUCUCUCUGAAACCAGCAUUGGUUCCUUUAAGAGGAGGAAGAGGAAAUCUAUAAUCGUGACUGUGAUGCUGCUCAUUGUAUCCGUGCUUAUCCUCAUUUUUGGCCUGGCAGCAACGACCAGGACCCAGAACAUCACAGUCGGAGGCUACUACCCAGGAGCCAUUCUGGGCUUUGGCUCCUUUCUGGGAAUUAUUGGUGCUCAUUUGAUAGAGAACAAGAGGCAGAUGUUAGUGGCGUCUAUUGUCUUCAUCAGUUUCGGAGUGGUGGCUGCUUUCUGCUGCGCUAUUGUUGAUGGAGUUUUUGCUGCAAGGCAUAUUGACCUCAGGCCGCUGUACGCUGGCCGCUGUGAGUAUCACUCCAGCGAGACGGCAUCCGACCGUGAUGUGCCAUGUCAUUCGUCGCGCACAUCCUGUAACCUGCGUGUAAAGAGCAACACCUGUUACUGCUGUGAACUCUACAACUGUGGGAAACAACAUCCUCUUAUGGGACUUCAGAAUAAAGAUGUUUUGAAAAAGUUUAGGAAAUCAUCAAUGAUUUGGAAGCCUAGCCAUGUUGAGUUGAUGGGAGGCUACCAUGAAUACACAGAUGUCAAAAGCUGCCAGGAUGUGGUGCACCUCUACCACCUCCUAUGGUCGGCUACCAUCCUCAACAUCGUGGCUCUGUUUCUGGGCAUCAUUACUGCUGCGGUUCUAGGAGGAUUCAAAGACAUGACACCCUCAGCUGCCUCAGAGAGUACAUCCGAACCAGAGGCCCUGACUGCCCAGGUCCAGCCCGAUCCCUCUCCACCCAUGACUGCUCUCAACUCGUACCACAACGCUGCCCCCUGCCUGCCGCCGUACACUGCCUAUGACCUGCGGGUACAGGGCCGCUUCACUCCUCCACACCUCCAAUUUAACGGUUCCUACAUGUUCCCUGACUCCUCAGGCCUAUCUGAUGAUUCCCAGUCUGGAGCAAGUCACCUGUGGCCCACGAUGAUCCCUCCUCGCUACUCCCCUCCUCACGACCACCCCGACGAGAAGCCCCCACCGUACAGCCCAUGAGACGGCCGACAGCAAGGGAAGAACGCCUGAGCACACAUCAGGCUGUGUGAGGUUCUGAGCGAGCAGUUUGCUCAGUUCCUCUGGGCUUUUCUUCACGAUUUUCCAGAAAAAAAUAUGUGGAGGAAAAGCCGGUGAAGAAAAAGAGGAUGGCACAGAGCGCAUUGACAUAGCCAAGCUUAAGGCAGAGUGUUCCCUGGGCACCACUCACACCCCGGCCUCCACCGUGUAUGUGUGUGCACAUACACAUAAAAGAGAGACGACCUGAUCAGUGUCAGGACUGUUUACACAUCUGUCUGCCUUAAUGCAUAUGGACUUCCAACACUGCAGCACUCUGUCACUUGACUUAUUCUGUAUAUAAACUCUCCUCCAGCUUAAACUUUACAUUCGUAUCACGUCAGUGGAUGUUAUGAUUGCCUCCUCCCUCAAACUGCCGACAGAUACAGAUUAAAGUUUGGUGCCGUUCCCACCAGUGAACUAGCCUGAAAAUUCAAAACAUUAGAGCUGUAAACCCAGUCGGUUGUUUGUCAUCUGAUAAUGUCACAGGGCAUUAGCAAAGGAAACACUCGUACUAAUACAGGUAUAACAUGCUUAUAAUGUAUGUAUGGCAGUAUGAUAUGCAGUUAGCACAGUUAGGUCUAAGGUAUACAAACAGAUCAUGAUAUCUAUUUAUCAUCUCAGUGUGUGACAAGCAGAGCUGUAUUAAUCAAGAAAUAAGCUGUUGUAUCGACAGUAGUCGCUGAGGAUGUACAGUUAAUAACACUCAACCCUAUUUAUUGUAUUUCCACUGAAAGCUCCAAAGCAGGUAUGCACAUGUACAGUAUCUCUUGAGUCGUAAGUAGUAUUACCACUUCUAAGAGAUGAACUAUGUUGUUGUCUGUGCUGGAAAUUCAGAUGAACGAAGGCUGAACGUGAACAGUCAGUGCUGGAUCCACUGAUAUGAGGUUACAGACCUGGAAAUGUGAAAGAGCCACCGUUCGCUCCAGAGCAAAGAAAAUGAGGGAGGUUUUCAACCUUUGUCUAUGUCCAUGUAAACUCGGCUUUAAUCACUGCUUUUUUUAAUUUCAACCACUCAUUUUCUUGAGCUGUUAACGUGUCAGCUUCUCCUUUUGUCUUGCCAUUAAAUACUGUUUUGUGUAAUUCACACAGCAUGUCUUAUUUCACCAAAGGUUACCAUGUGCCUGCAGUUUGUUUGCAGUAAAUGCUCCAGUCAUGGUUUCCUGAGGAUGAAGCUCAGCGAACUUUCCGAGCUUCACACUGUCAAUCUUAUUUUUUGGCUCUUGAUUGAUAUGCUUGUUGGAUUGUUAUUAAAUUUGGUAGACACUGUAAA